UCCCCCUACUGCCUGUAAGGAUUUAUUUUUCAUGUACAGAAGCUCCUGUAAUACUUCAAGUUGAGUUACUAAAUGCAAUGAGAGAGCUCUGAAUCAACAGCUCUGGUGGAGUAGAGAGGGGAGUUGGUUCUUCUUACAUGUGCUGCCUCUAUUCACUUAGUCUACAAAGGUGUCGGUGAAGCUUUUUAUUCUGCGACGACUCGGGAUCCGACCAGUGUUAAGCUUUGCUUCUAAGAAGACUUUUUAAAAUCAUAUUUGAUUCUUAUUCUUUACCACAGAGGACAUAACAUCUAACUGUCUUCCUAUAUCCAUAGUCAUUGAGAUAUAUAUACUUUGGACCUCAUGCUCUUGGAUCUAAUGUAUUCCAACGACCACCCUGGAAUCUUCCUAACUUGAGCUACUCUUUAAGAUGAAGACUAUAUCAGUGCUCAUUGUAACUUUUCCUCUUCUGCUUUUUGAAACUCAUCUUCGGGGGCGAAGGGUGCUAUCUAUCAAGAGACCGUGGGUUCAUGGUUUUCACCCAGAAUGUAAACUACAUCUGGAAAUUAAAGAUGAACAAAGAAAAUGUUUGGCUAAGUUGAGCAUACAACCGCAUCCCGAAUUUAGAGGAUGUUUGGGAGUUUGGGAUAAUAUUACAUGUUGGGACCAAGCUAAAUUUGGACAAACGGUCACUCAGAAAUGCCCUUUAGUACUGAAACAUUUCUUCAGCAAGGAUGGAAAUAUUAGCAGAACCUGCACAGUGCAUGGAUGGACUGACACAUAUCCAGACAUUUUUGAUGCUUGUGGGCACAAUGAAAAUGUUACUCAAGUUAAUAAGCUUUCGUUCUAUGUAGUAGUGAAGGCAAUCUACACACUUGGACACAGUGCCUCUCUAAUAGCUCUCACAAUUGGAAGUGCUAUUCUUUGUUUAUUUCGAAAACUUCAUUGCACAAGAAAUUACAUCCAUCUGAACUUGUUCCUCUCUUUCAUUUUGAAAGCUAUCUCAGUAUUAAUGAAGGACGAUUUCCUCUAUUCCGAUUAUUAUCCUUGUCCAGAUUCUCUGAUAGGCUGUAAGAUCAUACUAGCGUUUGUGCAUUACUGUAUAACUGCAAAUUUCUGCUGGCUCUUGGUUGAGGGAGUUUAUCUGCACACUCUGCUCGUGGUUAUAUUCUCUCCGAACAGACAUUUUAUAAUAUAUCUCUUCAUGGGAUGGGGUAUUCCUACCAUAUGUAUUAUUGUAUGGAUUUUAACAAGAAUUUAUUUGGAAGAUACCGGAUGCUGGGAUACCAAUGAUCAAAGCAUUCCUUGGUGGGUUAUAAGAAUACCAAUUAUUAUUUCCAUUAUUGUCAACUUCUUUCUGUUUAUUAAUAUCAUCCGAAUUCUGCUGCAAAAGCUAAGGUCUCCAGAUGUGGGCGGCAAUGACCAGUCACAAUUCAAGCGACUCACUAAAUCUACCCUUUUGCUUAUUCCACUCUUUGGAGCUCAUUAUAUGGUGUUUGCUGUUUUUCCAAUAUCAAGUUUAAGUGAUUGUCAGAUAUGGUUUGAACUUUGCAUUGGAUCAUUUCAGGGAUUGGUGGUGGCAAUUCUUUACUGUUUCUUGAAUACAGAGGUUCAAGGAGAGUUAAAAAGAAAAUGGGGGAGUUUUUAUCUGAACAGAUACUUAAACCGAGACUACCGUCUUCACAGUCUGUCUAUUUCACGUAAUGGCUCUGAAUGUGCAUCUCAGUUUAAACGAAACUCAAGGGCGCUGUCCAUUAUGCAAACUGAAACGUCAGUCAUUUAACACAACAGUGCCAAGGACUGAAGGCAGCACCCAGUGGGAGAUGGUGGGAAUGUAUUCCGGUUGUACAGUGAGUAAGGGCUACUGAAGCCUAGACGACCAAUCAACUUCUAUAGGAACUCUAGGACUUCGUUAUAGCACUUUCUGCCCUUUAGGCUUUUCCUACCAUCCAUUUACUUUAACCUAAUUUAUUAUAACAAUGUACCUUUUUAUGUUUUGUGGAUGUAUUCAGUUGAUUUGAGCAUUCAACUUUGUAUGUGAUUGGACUGGUGAAAGCUGGUAAAGAAUUGUGUAUUUUUGUACAUUUCUGUAAAAUGUAUGAAAUGUAUGGAAAAAUAUCUAACAUACUAAUUUUGUCACUUAUUUGACGUGUAAAACAAAGGAUCAAUUAACAUAAUUAUUGUAAAGUAUGAGAAAAUAUUGCUUUUGUGGACAGAUUGUGAAUGCCUUGAAUAUGCUAUAUUCGUAUUUGAUAUUCCUUCGCCUUUAAGGAGGACCUGUCCCCUUUCUGUGUUUUAUUUUUUUUCUUGCACAAUUUGAAAUUCUGUUAUAUGUGGUAUUUAAAAAUGUCAAGAAUAAAGUUUUGUAUUUUUGCUUAAAAACAAUGGCUCACCCAGAUUCAAGGGAUCUGGCCAGCUACUUCACUCCCCUCCUUAAACAUUCCACUGGGGGUCCCCGCAGGGAAAACCUGUCAUCAUCUUAUUAUCAAGGAACCCCUAUAACUAAAUAGGACAAUCUCUUUAAAGAUUGCCAGUCAGCAGGAUCGACCCUAUUAUAUCCAGCACACUGCCUGGUAGGAUCGUUACUGCUGAUUAAAAUGAUACUCGUCUCAUGACAGAUGCAGCAUUUUCUUCAGGAAUGAUGCAACAUAUUUUCACAACAGAGGUAUCAUUUUAAUCAGUAGCAUCAACCAUACCAACUGUUGGUAUAAUAGGGUUGAUCCUGCUGAUAGUUAUUCUUUAAAGGGAACCCGUUAUCAACUUUAU